AUGAGCAGAGGAAUUGCUUCACGUGAGAUCGUUUGGAUAACCCCGAUCUCUGACCCAUCACUUGAUCGGGCAGAUGUCUCGACUCUGCGGAAACUUUUGGAGAUCAUGGAAGAGCGCCACGAGAUAUCCGAUGGUGUUGCAAAUGAUUUCUUCUUAGUUGUUAAUGAACUGCUCCUUAAUCACUCUAUCUUGUUGUUGCAAAUUCCAUACACACCUAAAGCUCCCAAAGAUUCCCACCUAUGGUAA